CUGAGAGCAGUUGAUCGCUGUGACAAGAUCUCAUAGAAGGCCUAUCCAACUCAUUCAGAUAUUUAAGAUGAGAGGAUACUUACUUGGAAUACUUGUACUUUUGAAACAUUGCAUCUGCGGUGAUGUGGUGAACUUUGAUGGAGACAUCAAGGACUUUGUAGUUGGUAAAAGUAAGUUGUUCGUUCUUACUGACCAUCGACUACAUCAGAUGAGACUCGAUCUUUCUGAGGAGAAGAGGAAGGACAUCACUAACACUGAUCAAAAUAGAGUCAACAUUCUGGUGCCUUUUGAUGACAACGACACCCUGAUAACCUGUGGGACCUUAACAAAUGGAUAUUGUGAAGUUCUUGACCUCAAUGACAUUACAAAGAGUAUUUACUAUGAAAGUGGUAUAUCGGUAGGACCGAGACAGAAUGAGAAAUCUGUUGCGUUCAUAGCAGGUCCAAGUACCGGUAGGUACCUUUUGGUUGGGAAAAAGGACGAUGAUGGAAAACCUCCGUAUCCUGUUGCUAACUUGUGGAACACUUUACAGUCUCAAUAUGGUGGGAUUUUCUCUGACAUAGAGUAUCCAACAACCCCCUCGAUCCAGAGCACUGCGAGCGAUGUGGAGUUUGUUGACGGAUUCCAGAGAGUUUCGCCCUCAGAGUCGUACUUGUUUCUCAACGCAAAGACUGACUCAGAGAGUAAAGUGCACGUCCUGUGGAUGGACAGCUCUAAAGAUAAAAAGACAGAAAUCUUCAAAUCCCUACAGGCUGCAACGAUACAGUGCUGCAAUGAUAAAGCUCGUCCAGUGCUCGUCGCCUCCACCGUUAUUCCCUCAGUGAACGGUGUUAUUUGGGCAGGUGUGUUCAGUGCGCAGAAUCAGCAGGAUCCGGAGAACACCGCGCUGGCUCUGUACGACAUCAGUACAGUUAAAGGCCGAGUGAAGAGUUUCUGCUUUACUGGCGACAAGAUAUGUGGUUCUGAGAGUGGUAGUGCACUUCAGCCGCUCUCUGUGGUGUUCAAGUACAGCUCAAUGUCAUCAGUGGCAGCAGUUAGAAAUGGAUCCUGGAUUGUGAUGUUCAUAGGAACCAGUGAUGGACAACUGAUAAAGCUUAUGUUGGAUGAGAAAUUCACACCAGGCUGUCCAAUAGUGCUGUACAAAUCUGAUGAUGAACGAGCAGUGCUUCCCAGAAUGCACUUUGAUCCAGUAGAUUUCAAACAUAUCUACAUUGCUUUGAGGAAACAGCUCAGAAGAGUGUCUGUGGUUCAGUGUGCUAACUACAGCACUGUGAAAGACUGCAGAGCUGCUCUGGAUCCUCUCUGCGGCUGGUGUGUGAAAACACAGAGAUGCUCCACCCAAGAUGAAUGUUCAGAAUCUUCAUGGAUGUCCACCCCAAUAGACUCUCUUCAGAAACCUCUGGUUUCUUUUCAGGCUUGGGCUGAAGAAUCUUCCAGAAAGAUUACUCUACAUCUUGCCUUGAGUCUGGAGAGCACAGGAAAUCCCGUCUUCUCAUGUUCCUUCACCACAGGAAGUGUGAACCUGUGUGACGGGUCUGAUCUGACUGCAGUUUUCCCAAACUGCCACUGUAGUUUUUAUGACCAGCUACUACAUACUGGAGUCUCAGCUAUAGUUGCUGUUGAGGAUCAGAAGAUCACAGAGACGCUGACACUGAGAAACUGCUUGAAUAUCACAGAUAAUUCACCAAAUCAUUCAUAUACACAGUGUGUGCAGUGUAUCUCAUCUGGGUGUCAGUGGUCCUCUUCCUCCCUGCGUUGUGAUUGGACACAAGGAUCUGGACCGCAGUUACACAUACAGGAUUCAUGUAAAGAUCUGCUCUCUCAAAUGGACUAUAAAGAGCCAGAGAUUCUCUCUCUGGAGCUCAACAAAGUUUCUUUCCAUGGCAGAAACAACGUUUUACUAAGAGGAAAGAACCUGGAAUCUGUCACUAAAAUCCGUAUUCAAGGGGAUCUGGACUGUAUUCCUAAAGAAUCUCCAGUGUUUAAUCGCUCCAGUGACACUUUAAGGUUCCACAUUCCUCCCAGUGGAUCUAAAGGAACAGUGAAAGUGUGUGUUGUUACUUUUGACGAUCGUUGUCAUGGUAACAGCAUCAUCACUUACAGUUCCCAGCCCAGCUGCACAGGAAUACAGCCCACAGUCAGCUGGAGAAGAGGCGGAAGAAAGAUUCAUGUUCAAGGGAUCAAUAUGGAAUUUGUGGAAUCAGUUACUUUCGAUAAUUAUGAUCAACGAUUCCAAACACAAUACAACCCAAGAUCAGGGGACGUGUGGUUUCACUCACCUUAUUAUAGAUAUGAUAUCAGAAGCUCAUUUAAGUUGAAUGUUGGAAACUCCACUGUGGACUGUGAACAUUUGUCCUUUGAGUAUGAUCCAGAAUUCACUGCAUUCACCACCUUACAGGUGGCCAAUGAUCUACAGGUGAACAUUAAGAAAAAGGCAGAUUUAUUGAAUUUGAGUAUGAGUGAGGUGAAUGUGACGGGUUAUCAGGGAGAUCAGCAGUAUCAGUGUGUUUUGGAGAGGAUUGAGACCAAAGCUAUCAUCUGUGAGAUUAAAGGAGAAUCAGGAGCCGUCACAGCAGUGGACAAGCUCAAUAUCAGCAUUGGGAAUUAUUAUGAUACCAUGACAGGAGAACGUCCAGAGUAUUUGGUGUUUUUUUCUAUAGUAUUUUCUUUAAUAUGCUUAUUCUUUAUUCUUAUCUUCUGCAUUUUGUUAUCAAUUUUUCGGGUGUAACCCAACAUCCAACCUGUUUUUCCUAUUCAGCGGCCACUGCAAUUCAGAUACAGAAACAUACAGCCUUUAUGAGUAAAAUUAUGCUGUAAAGUCCUGUUUACACCUAUAAGUCAGAGAUCACCACAGUAAAAUUAUCCUUAUCUCAUUUGUCUCCCUUCUGAUCUGGGCUGCGUUUCCCAAAAAGAGUUUCCCUAAGCUGAUCGUAGAACAAUUGCCACCAAUGGUCUUUACGAUCAACUUAGGCUUAUGAUGCUUUUGGGAAACGAAGCCCUGGUCGGAUCCAUACUGUGGAUCUGUUCUCCAGACAGCAGGUGGCACUUUAUACUCACUUAUUAUAAUGCACCAUAAAAACAGUCAUUUUAAAGUUCCAGGACAAGUCUGCUAUUUAGUACUGUAGUACAAUUAUUUUGUAGUAGAAAGAAUGCUUUGAGUGUAUCUUUUUCAUUGUAUACCUACACAAUUCCAUUGUUCUCUUAUUAUUAAUCUUAUAUUUUAAUGUUAAAUGUAAUCAGUAUACUGCAAAACAGUACAAUUACAAAUAAACACUUUA